AAACAUAAGAUUUCUUGGUGAUAUCAAAUUUUCUAUUAAAACAAGUUUACAUCUAAGUUAAAAGUUGAGUUAUUCUAAAGAAAAAUAUUAAAUAACAGUACAGGUGACAAGUGGAUUUGGCAGUUUUCUGCCUGGGGGAAUGUCAUUAAAAAAUUGAGGAAACACUGAGCUAGGCAACCUGGAUGAGUAGGGCACAACCUAACCUCUGGACCCAUAGUGAACCUACGGAGAUAAACCUGUGAAGACCAAAUAGUGUGAACACUGCUGUCAAAAGAUAUGGGCAGGGUGCUCUGGGCUUACAGAGAAGGGAUGCAGAAAUAGACUUGGUGGUAGCAAGAAGAUCAGGAAACACUUCCUAGAAUCCAGUAUUAAGGGCUGGUAGGCAUUAGGCUGCUGGAGAAUAAGGUUUAAGAAUGCAAGCAGUUGAAUGACUGGCUUGUAAGUUGAGUGUCAGAGUGACUGGAGACAAAAGCAGGAAAAGGAUCAUAGAGGUCUUCUAUGGUGUAGUAUGGAGUUUGGACUUUAUUCUGAAGAUGAAGAGAAGCUAUGGAAUGAUUUUAAGCAGUAAAAUGUUAUGAUCAGUGUUUUAGAGGAUGCCAAGAUUGAAGACAAGUCACCAGUUAGGAGACUGCUCGUUCAUUUAGUUCAGAGGAGAAGAGAUGAAGCUACAACUAAGGCAGUGGCAGCGGGCAUGAAAGGGUGUGCGCGUGCUAAUUUGAGAUUUCUUAGGGGAGUAGAAAUGACAGGAUUUUGUGGAGAGUUGUGUAGAAAUGUUGAAAGAGACUGGGGCGCCUAGAUUGACCCCCAGUUUCUAGUUUGGGUAACCAGGUGACAUUACAGAGUAGUUAACUGAUUACGUACAGAAAGAGGAAAGAACUUAGUUUCCUUUGUUUUUGAGGAAAAAGAUUUGUUUGUUUUUGAACUUAAUUGAAUUUGAGAGGCUUGUAGGACAUCUUGGUCAAGAUCCAGUAGCAGUUGGCUGGGAGGGUCCAGAAGUCAUGAGAUGGAACCCAGCCUGGAGAAAUUGGGAGUCUUCAGCAUUUGACAUUUUAGCUGUUGUGUGCUAUAGUGCAGUAUUAUAAUCUAUAGAGGUACAUAGGUAAACACUUAAAAAAUUUUGAAUAGUUAGGAAUUUAAUGUGUAUGAAAAACAUAAAUUGUACAUCAAACCUAUGAUAUUGUGGCCGUUAUCACUUAUGCCAAGUGAAGCCAAUAAAAGAGAAAUAUCAAGUAAAUAAAAAUACAUGUGAUAUGUGGAAAUGGCAAAAAUCAUGGUGAAGCACUGCAAAUGAUGGAGGUUCAGAAAGUGCUCUUUUAAAAGCCAUCGGUGUGUGGAUAAGGUCACCCAAGGAGAGAGUAAGUGUGAAAAGAAAAGAGUUGACAUUUGGGUGGCGGGGAAUGGAGAUGAAGAGCCCGUGGAGACUGAGGAAGAGCAGCCAGAAGAAUAGGAGGACCAGGAGAAGAUGGUCUUUGGAGUCCAGAUGAAGAGUUCUGAGGAGGAGGAAGUGGUCGACAGCGUCAACAUGGUGUACCAUGGACGACUUUGCCCUGGGAGAUUUCAUUGUAGACGAUUAUGCCUUGUUGGAAGAUUACCCGUAUGUGGACGAUUGUGUCUUUGCUCCUGAAUUUGUAUCCGAUGAUUAUGUUCGUGUGACUCAACUUUAUUGUGAUGGGGUGGGUCGGGAAUAUAAAGAUUAUGCCCGAAGUGAGAGGAAUUUAGAAUUUGACAUUUGCAAUAUGUGGUGUAGUAAGCCAAUUUCUGUCCUGCGAGAUUACUGUGAUGCCAUUAAAAUAUACAUCUUCUGGCCACUUCUGUUUCAACAUCAGCAUAGUUCGAUGAUAUCACGGUUGCAUCCCUGCGUGGAGGCCACCAAUUCUCAUUCUUGUGAGAUAAGUUUGAAGAAGUUACAACAUCUUGAGCUAAUGGAAGAUAUUGUGGAUUUGGCAAAGAAAGUUGUGAAUGAUUCAUUCUUUAUCGGAGGCUUGCUGAGAAUUGGUUAUAAAAUAGAAAAUAAAAUCUUGGCAAUGGAAGAAGCUUUGAAUUGGGUGAAAUACACAGGCGAUGUAACAAUUCUCCCUAAGUUAGGAGCAGUCGACAAUUGUUGGUCAUUGUUAAGUAUUUUUUUUACUGAAUACAAAUAUCACAUAACUAAAGUUGUAACAGAAAACUGCAAUAUGCUUGAAGAAUUUAAAAGUCAAAGUUGUGCGGAGUGUAUAGAGCAAGGAGAACUAAUGAAAAUAAAAGGAAAUGAAGAGUUUUCCAAAGAAAGAUUUGAUGUAGCUAUUAUCUAUUACACCAGAGCCAUUGAAUAUAGUCCUGAAAAUCAUCUUCUUUAUGGUAACCGAGCUCUUUGUUUUCUUCGCACUGGACAGUUCAGAAAUGCACUUGGUGAUGGAAAGAGAGCCAUUAUUCUGAAGAACAAUUGGACAAAGGGUCACUAUCGUUAUUGUGCUGCUCUUUGUAUGCUGGGGGAACAUGACUGGGCCCUGCAAGCAAACAUAAAAGCUCAAAAACUCUGUAAAAAUGACCCUGAGGGAAUCAAGGAUCUAAUUCAGCAGCAUGUAAAGUUACAAAAACAAAUAGAAGACCUGCAAGGCCGGACACCAACUAGGAAUCCAAUUAAAGCCCUUUACUCAAGCAGGGCCUACACACCUAGUUUACCAGCACCUGCAUUCAGUACUUCACUUAACUUUGUGGAGACCGAAAAAGAUUCCAGAAAAACUAAUCACGAAAUGGCAAACGGUGGUAAUCAGAACCUGAAGGUGGUAGAUGAAGCUUUGAAGAUAGACGACUGUGACUGUCAUCCUGAAUUUCUGCCACCGUCAGGUCAGCCUCCAAAAUAUAAAGGAAAACAAAAAUCCCGAAACAAUGAAUUGGAGAAAUUCAGUUCUAGUUCACAAGGUAGUUUACCAGUGGAUUUAAAAAACAUCUUGGAGAAACAGUUUUCAAAAUCUUCGAGAGCUGCACACCAGGAAGAACUUUUUUGGCAGGACUUCGCCAACAUAAUGAAGAUGCUGAGGAGCUUGAUCCAGGAUGGCUACAUGGCCUUGUGCGAGCAGCGCUGCCGCAGUGCCGCGCAGGCCUUCACGGAGCUGCUCAACGGCCUGGAGCCCCAGAAGAUACAGCAAUUAAACCUGGCCAUGAUCAACUAUGUCUUAGUCGUCUACGGACUUGCCAUUUCUCUCCUUGGAAUAGGACAGCCCGAGGAAUUAUCGGAAGCCGAAAACCAGUUUAAGAGGAUGAUUGAAUACUACCCCAAUGAGGGGCUCGAUUGCUUGGCCUACUGCGGAAUUGGAAAAGUGUACUUGAAAAAAAACAGAUUUCUAGAAGCUCUUAAUCACUUUGAGAAAGCAAGAACCUUGAUCUGUCGUCUUCCUGGAGUGUUAACUUGGCCCACAAGUAAUGUGGUUAUUGACGAGACUCAGCCAGGGAAAAUAAAGAUGCUGUUAGAGAAAUUUAUUGAAGAAUGCCGGUUCCCUCCAGUGCCAGAUGCCAUUUGUUGCUAUCAGAAGUGCCAUGGAUAUUCCAAAAUCCAGAUCUACAUAACGGAUCCAGACUUUAAGGGUUUUAUACGAAUCAGCUGUUGCCAGUACUGCAGGAUAGAGUUUCACAUGAACUGUUGGAAGAAGUUAAAAACAACAACCUUUAACGAUAAAAUUGACAAGGAUUUUCUACAAGGAAUUUGUCUUACCCCAGACUGUGAAGGUAUCAUUUCUAAGAUUAUCAUCUUCAGCAGUGGUGGUCAAGUUAAAUGUGAAUUUGAACACAAGAUCACAAAAGAAAAGGUUCUUCCUCCAAGACCUAUUCUGAAACAGAAAUGUUCUAGUCUAGAGAAGCUGAAACUGAAAGAAGACAAAAAAUUGAAGAGAAAGAUCCAAAAGAAAGAAGCAAAAAAAUUAGCACAAGAAAGAAUGGAGGAGGAUUUAAGGGAAAGUAAUCCACCCAAAAUCGAAGAGCAGAAAGAAACUGUAGCCAGUGCUCAGAGUUGCCAGUUCCUGAACGACAGAAUUCUGCAGUGCAUAAAGCAGUAUGCCGACAAGAUUAAGUCUGGGGUACUGAAUACUUCCAAGCUUCUCAAAGAAUUGCUUUCCUGGAAGGUUUUAAGCACAGAAGACUAUACAACCUGUUUUUCCAGCAGAAAUUUUCUAAAUGAAGCAGUGGACUAUGUCAUUCGUUACUUGAUUCAGGAAAAGAAUAGAGUGAAAACACGGAUAUUUCUGCAUGUAUUGAGUGAGCUCAAAGAAAUGGAGCCAAAGUUGGCCACCUGGAUCCAGAAACUUGACAGCUUUGGCUUAGAUGCUACAGGAUCUUUUUUUUCGCGUUAUGGAGCAUCUCUUAAAGAGCUUGAUUUUAGCAUCAUGACUUUUCUUUGGAAUGAGAAAUAUGGUCAUAAACUAAACUCAAUAGAAGGAAAGCAACUUGAUUAUUUCUACGAGCCAACGUCAUUGAAGGAAGCGCGAUGUUUAAUAUGGCUGCUAGAAGAACACAGGGACAAGUUCCCAGCAUUGCAUAAUGCUUUAGAUGAAUUCUUCGAUAUAAUGGACAGCCGCUGUACUAUAUUAAGGAAACAAGACAGUGGAGAUGUGCCGUUUAAUUCUACCAAGAUAAAAAACAAAGGGAAGAAAAAGAAGCCAAAAGAUUCAAAGCCUAUGUUAGUUGGGUCUGGAACAACCUCAGUAACACCUGGUAAUGAGACUGUCACUCCAGGAGAAGAGCAUGACAGACGCAAUUCCAGUUCCGCAGGCCCAUUUGUGGUGCCUGACCACCUUCGGCAAGAUGUGGAAGAAUUCGAAGCUCUCUACGAACAGCAUACUCAUGAGUACGUCGUCCGCAAUAAGAAGCUGUGGGACAUUAACCCAAAACAAAAGUGUUCGAGUUUGUAUGAUUACUUCUCUCAGUUGUUGGAGGAGCAAGGUCCCUUGGAUAUGAAUAACAAGAUGUUCUCUGAAGAAUAUGAAUUCUUCCCAGAAGAAACUCGACAGAUUCUAGAAAAAGCCGGAGGUUUGAAAUCCUUCCUCUUGGGAUGUCCUCGUUUUGUUGUGAUUGACAACUGUAUUGCAUUGAAGAAAGUUGCGUCACGGCUCAAGAAGAAGAGAAAGAAGAAAAACAUUAAGACAAAAGUGGAAGAAAUGUCAAGGACAGGAGAGUAUUUACGAGUCAAGCUCCCACUGAAUCCAACUGCUAGAGAAUUUAAACCAGACGUAAAGUCCAAACCAGUGUCCAGUUUAUCUUCAGCACCAGCUUCUGAAGAUGUAAAACCCAAAUCUGUAUCUGCUGAUUCUCUUAAAGCAGCCUGUGAAGCCGAGAAGCUGAAACCAGUAUCUGAAAAUUCUCCCAGAUCAGUUUUUAGAGAUGAGAAGCCCAGACAGGUGUUUCUUGAUUCUCCCAAAACAGUCUGUGAUGGUGCCUGUCACCUGCGAGUCCCCUCGAAUUCUCCCAAACCAGUUCCUGAGGACAUGAAACCAGCCUACUGGACUCAAGCCCACUUGGUCACAGGAUACUGCACGUAUCUUCCCUUCACUGGAUUCGACAUCACCCAGACACCACCAACGUACAUCAGCGUGUUACCGACUUUGCCCCAGUUCACUAGCAUUUACACCCCUCUGGCCAGCAUCCCUUCUGAAUAUCAGCUGCAAAGGUCACUGCCAUUGAUGCCAUCUUUUGUAGUCAGUGACAGACCAAAUAAAAAUGCUACUGUGUAUUUCGAGGGUCAUCGUUCAAAUGUCGAGCGUGCCCUUGGUCACCAGGUAACCUCUGGAACACAGACCCUUCAGGACUCUGUGGGAAUAUCAGUAAAGUCACAGUGCAGCACGGGUGGCGCUGAUACAGCCCACAGUGAGCCUAGUGGAUGCUAUGGUCACCGUAGGAAUUCUGCCAGCAAGUCAGAAGUAAAUGCAGAAAGUACUGAUGAAGCAACAAAUAUUGCACAUACACAAGCUGUUGCCAUGCAGGUGCCUUGGAAUACAACACAUCAAGAAGCCAGUACUGAACCACAUGAUUCUUUUGAGGCACAACAGGAUGAUAUUUCACAGAUUGAAAAGGAGUGCCAAGGUUUACAAGAGCAACUUAAGGAAGCAUGGGAAAACUAUGAGCAGAGAAAACUCAAAGGCUCAGAAGAGACCAGGGACCUGGAAGAAAAGUUGAAAAGGAACUUAGAAGAAAACAAGAUUUCAAAGACAGAAUUAGAUUGGUUCCUUGAAGAUUUGGAAAAAGAAAUUAAAAAAUGGCAACAGGAAAAAAAAGAGGUCCAAGAAAGACUAAAAGCACUGAAGAAGAAAACGAAGACGGUUUCAAAUGCCAUUGAAGUGUACACCCAGAAAAAUGAUGGGAAGGAUAAAGAACAUGAAUUUCUUCUGGAUCAGUUCCCUGAAAUCAGUAAUGCAUUUACAAACGAGAAAGUGAAAAUAGAAGAGUGUAUAAAGAAAGGGAAAGAACAUCACGAAGAGAUUCUUCAGAGAGCUGUGGCUGCAGAGGUAUCUGUGCUUGAAAACUGGAGGGAGAUGGAAGUGUUUAAGCUACAGAUCAUGGAGUCAAGAGCAGAAGGCUAUCUGAAGAAGCUGAAGCAGUUGAACAGUGAUCCUGCAGCAUGUCCUGACCUGGAAUCUGACAUGUGUUCAUGGGGAUCAUUUCUUUCUAGUGUUAGAGAAGAAAUUGAGAAAGCAGAGUCUCAGUUUGAAGAACAAAUUAAGGAAAUUAAAGCUGGUUCUCAGCUCAGUGAACUUUCUAAAGUACAAAUUUCUGAGCUGUCGUUCCCUGCGUGUAGCACAAUUCAUCCUGAGUCCCUUCCUGAGCCUUCAGGCCAUGAUGAUCAGGGCUCCUUGACUUCUGCAAGUCACGGGGCUGGAAACCAAACAAGAGUCCCCAAGGAUUCGAGUCCGGUCUGUGCCAGUGAUCGCCCAGUUGGGGCUCCCUCCCCUCCGCUGCCUGCAUCACUCUCUGGUCAGCCGGAAGUCACCCGGCUGCCAGAGUGUAAGCGUGCUGACCAGGCCACGCAGUCACAACAAAGCCUCGUGGCAGAUCAGAAACCGCCUGUUCCUCCAGGACGUGCUACGCGUUCCAGCCAGUCUCCCAAAAAGCCGUUCAAUAGUAUUAUCGAGCACCUGUCGGUGAUAUUCCCCUGUUACAGCAGCACUGAGCUUGCUGGUUUUAUUAAAAAAGUGCGAAACAAAAACAAGAACUCGCUGUCAGGACUGAGUAUUGAUGAAAUCGUCCAGAGAGUGACAGAACACAUUCUAGAUGAACAGAAAAAGCAAAAGCCAGGUCCGGGCCAGGACGCGCAGCUGUCUGGGCCCAGCUCCGCAGCUUCUGUGAGCAGGGCCUCCCCAGGUCGGGCCGCCGUGACUGGCAGACCAUUGUCCAAAACCCAGGGGCAGAAGACAGAAGACAUCGCCGCGUUGGGUGCAGAUUCCUGUGAACUAUGCCACGAGCUAUUCAAAUCCAGAAAUGUGCGUGAGCUGAAAUGCGGGCACAAGUAUCACAGAGGGUGCUUUAAGCAGUGUCUGAAAGGACAGAGCGCCUGCCCGGCCUGCCUCGACCGUGACCUCCUGCCAGGAGACUAGCUUGCACCUUUGGGGAGAGGCCGCCUGCCCUUCUGGGCAGUCACGGCUCUUGAAGGGUAACGUACUGGUUUGCUGAAUUGGGAGAGUAACAGUGUACGCCUGUGAUGUGAAGGGCAGACAUCUGAAGAGUCUUCACACCGAGUCACAGUGCUAAUACAUGGACAUCUUUAAUAUCGUUGAGAGUAAGUCAUUUCCCCACUCUGAUUAAACACUUCGGUGAGAGUCAAGUGGCGGGGAAUGAAAUCCGUGCGGCCACAUCCUAUUGUUGGGCCGCGGAGGUGCUCGGAGACAGAGGCAGCUUUCGGGAAACACGGUGAGGGCCUCAGCGGAACUUGUGUCUUUGACCUACAGAGUGCCCAGGUUAAAAUGUCUAAGAGUCACUGUUAUGAGCCUCCAUUUUUCUUCAGAGAUUCCGCAUUUAAAAAUGGGCUUAAGCAAGCCACAUUUUAAUAAUUUGUAGUUAAUGUUAAAAUUUUGGCUCAUUUAGACCAAAAGAUUCAAAUCUGUUCUUCAUGAAACAUAUGGUUGUGAUUUUUCAUUUUAUCAUUUUAUUUCCCCAAAGUAGAUGUGUAACGUGCUCAAUUUUCAUCAUCCGAAAAAAUGUGGUUUUUGAAAAUCGAUUACAAACCACUUCCUUGAAUCAGCCAAAACUUUUUCACCCCUAAAAUCGAGGCCCCAUAUUCAUCACCACCAACCCACGUUUGGAAAUUACUCUGUCUCCCUUACUGUUCUCCUUAGUGGCAUUCGUCCUGCUUCAUGAGUUAGACAAGUGUUUGGCUGUCUCUAUUUAGCUCCCAAUAGGCACUGUGGCAAAGUCACCAUUCCCUUCCUUAUCCCACCACCAAAAAGAGAUGCUGUGUCAUCAGACAAUCCCGAGGUGUCCCUUUUACAAUCGUUUCGUGUUUGACAUUUCUGUGACGUAAUGCAUGCAUUCUUGUACUGUGGCCUUGAGAACACGACUGUAACUCCAUUAGAAAUUUAAAAAUUUAGGUAUCUUCAGUGACCUAUAGACAGUGGUAAAAAUAAGAACACGAAUUCUGGACAAAUUCCAUUUCUCUCAAACAGGAAAGAUUACAAAAUGUUUUUCAGUGUGUUCUUUGUCCCCCUGAGAGCUCACAGUCCCAAGUUCAUGAGCAGAUUUUGUCGCCUUCCUCCGCCUCAGUUCCCAUGAGUUUCGAUGUCUUAGUGACUUAGUCCAUAGUUUACUCCAUAUUCUGAAGCAGAUUCUCCAUGCAGGUCCCUAAAACGUCAGUAUGUUCAUGAUAACUGAGAACAGUAGAUACGAAGAUACGUAGGGACCAGUUUGCAGCAGCUGGAAAGUGAGAACGUGUUUUGCACAUAACUUCAAACAAAUAUUUGUGAAUAUGUCCUGUGAGUGUCAAAAUAAAGAGCGUUAUAAAAUGA